CUGUCGUUAUCCGGAUUCCGGUCCCUCCUCCCAAGUCCCAACUGUUCACCUCCCGCCGCCCCCUCGCGCCGUCAAGGCCUCCGGAACCGGUCACAGGCGGCGUAGGACCCCCGCCGCUACAGAGCCCUCGUCCGUCGCACUUCGCCGCCGCGUCGGAGUCAUCCAGCUCGUCGACGCCUGGCGGGGAGAUCCCCAGUGCGAGGGGAACCUCCACGACGCGAGUACUUCUCUACUUCCUGUCACAAAAAAAGAUUUGCAAUCUAGCAUAUUUAUGGAAGCCUUUGCUCCGGAUAAAAUUUGCGGGUCAGGGAGAUCAGCGGUCACCACCCAAGAAAGAGUGAUGGAAGCCCAAAGUAGUACUUGCUUUUCAAAAGUUGUGGGACCUAACCUAUGGUAUGGCGAUCGCACAAGACUUACACCCAAGCAAGAAGAAGCUGCGCUUGGUUUGUCACGUGCCUGUGGCUCUGGCAUUCCAGCAUACAUUUGCACCAUGAAGAAGUCUAAUGUUGUCAAGAGACAGAUGGUAUUUUCAAGACAGUUCAGUAAGCGACACAUAUUCGGUCGUCUGGGCACUUAUGGGUGUGAAACCAGAGUUUUUGCAGGCAGGGACCUGUUCGGCAGUAAGCUCAACUUCUCAAUGAUCCAUGGAGGACUAAGGCUUCUUGGUGGAUGGCCCCUCUUUGUGAAGAGCCACCGUAUCGAAGCAGAACACGUCUGUGCUUUCAUGUUCCAGGAAGAGGAAGAGGGCGAACUGUCACUUAGGGCUGAUUUGGUGAUUUGGUGAUUAGGGAUCCCUAGGGGAUCCAUGGGGAGGAAUCAUCUUGCAAUUCAAUUUUGAAUAGCAAGAGGAUUUCUUCCCCUCGGGAUCCCCGGUCACCAAAUCAGUCCUUAGGGUGCACGUUCUGGGUACUAUGCCAGUGCCAACAAUCUAGCCUUUGCUUGUUUCGUUGAUGAGGCACGGGAUGAACGUCGCUAACGAAUUAUGCAUCAGACAUUAGUAUUGGAAACAACAACAUGUAGCUAUCUAGAUUACAGCCUUAUAGGUUGUUUUGUUGUUCUAUCUAGAUAACUAUGUAUGGACAUAUUGUUCUUUUGUGUUGGAGGGAGUAAGCGUUAGUGUUUUGAGAC